AUGCAUGUUCUUUUGACAAACGACGAUGGGCCCUUGGACGACAAGAGCUGCCCGUACAUGAAAUAUUUCGUCGAUGAGAUCUGCCGCUCCACCGACUGGAAGGUCCUGAUCGUAGUGCCCGACCAGCAGCGGUCGUGGAUCGGCAAGGCCCAUUUUGCCGGCAAACGCCUCACCACAACCUACGUCUACACCAGGGACAGCACCUCCGAGCCCAGCACAGACAUAAACAAGUAUGAUGGUCCGUUCGAUACCCGUCAGCAUGAGCUCAUCCGUGCAGGGUUCCAGGAGUGGCACUUGAUUGACAGCACGCCGGCCGCGUGUGCGGAUAUCGGCUUACAUCAUUUGCCAGAAGCGGGGCCGGUCGACUUGGUGAUCAGCGGGCCCAACUUCGGGAAAAACUCCGGCGAUUUGUACAUCUUGGCCAGUGGCACCGUGGGCGCGGCUAUGGAGGCCGCCACGCACGGCACCAAGUCCAUAGCACUUCUGUACGAGUUCCGUAGCUUGCAGCAUGACUUCCACACCCUCAAGGAAGCAAGCAGAAUAUCUGUGCGGUUGGUGGAGCACUUGUACGAGGAGAUGCAGGCUCGGAGCCAAAUCGACUUGUUCUCGGUCAACGUCCCCCUCGUGCCCUCGCUCGAGCUUGGAAAGUCCAAAAUCAAGUAUGCGCCCAUCCUCAGCAACAAGUGGGCCUCUAUCUACGAGCACCAGGGCGACGGCAAGUACGCAUGGGCACCCAAGUUCCAGCAGGUGUGGGACGAGUCCCUCGACGAUCUCACGCAUUCAGAUAGCCGUGUUUUGCACGACGACGGCAUCAGCGUGACGCCGCUCCAGGCCACCUUCAAAGCCGUGCAGCCUCUCGAAGGCGAAAUCGUUUUGGCCCCGUCACACAGGGCCAAGCCUGUCAGUGGUGCGGCAAAUGGCGCAACCACGUCGUUCGUGUUGAUUACAGCGGGGGAGGACGCCUACAUCUUCCAGCCCCUCUCUGAAGCCUACAAAAAGCUAGACGUCCAGGUCACGACGGACGUUCUGGUCUUGAAACAGAUCCCGCAGAAUGCUCGGGUCAAGGUGUUUCACUAUGGCGAGUACGAAGACCUCGACCUCGACUUGAUCCAGACCCAUCCUUCGCAGUAUUUCACGCCAUCCUAUAUUUACCGGAAGGCGUUGAUCCGGAAACACUAUUUGGCAAACACCAUACAUCACUUCGUGGUCAAGAACCCGCAGUCCAUCCUCGUCGAUGCGGUGCCCCCGACGUAUCAACUUGAGGUGGACUACGCCGAGUUCUUGGACGACUCGCUAGAUGACGCCUACGAGCUCAGAGAGGAAGUCGAGCAAGGCGACAAGACCUGGAUUCUCAAGCCCAGCAUGAGCGACAAGGGACAGGGCAUACGUGUCUUCAGGACUUUGGAGCAGCUUCAGGCCAUUUUCGACUCUUUUGAAGAAGGGCGCGACUCUGAUGACGAAGAGGAUGAGCUUCACGACGAGCAAAACAACGGAGUCAUCAUAUCUCAGCUCCGCCAUUUCAUUGUGCAAGAGUACCAGGACAAACCGUUGCUUCUACAAGAAUACGGGUCGAAGAAAUUCCAUCUCCGCACGUAUGUUGUUGGCGCUGGGGACUUGAAAGUUUUCGUUUACGAGCAGAUCUUAGCAUUGUUUGCUGACGCCGCGUACGAAAACCCCGGGGAAAAGUCCGAUGACCCAAUGAUCGACCUUGCGGGCCAUUUGACGAACACAUGCCUCCAGGAGGGGAAGGAUCCUCUCGUGGUGAGCUUCUGGGAUUUGAUGGGGCUUGAUGUGUCCCAAAAGACCGGUGUCUUCGAGCAGGUGAAAGAAAUCACCGGGCAGCUUUUCGCUGCUGCAUCAUCGGUGGACAAAAUCAAUUUCCAGCCGAUGGCGAAUGCCGUCGAGAUAUUUGGGGUUGACUUUUUGGUGAACGAAGAUUUGUCCGUCAAGCUCUUGGAGGUGAACUCGUACCCUGACUUCAAGCAAACAGGCGACGGACUCAAGACUAUUAUCGAUGAUCUCUUUGACUCGGUCGCCCGGCUGAUUGUUGGUCCAGACUUUUUCCAGUCGGCUCCAGUGGGUGGGUCUACUGCGCUUCUUCAUAGAGUCUUGUGA